CAUUGUUGAGGUCAAGGUGCAAAUUUAUAGAAGAAAGAGAUAAAUAUGCUAAGAGCUGUAGCAGCGGUUCCUCGUACACCCUAUUUCACUAGCGUUUUGAGGAAGAUGAGUUCCUCAACAUCACCAGCAUGUCCUAAGUUCGUUUCCGUAGAAGGCUCUGAUAUACAUCGCAUAAAUAAACCUGAUGGCUUCAGAUUCAGUCUUGUCUCAUAUAACAUAUUGGCUCAGACUUAUGUGAAGAGCUCUUUGUUCCCACAUUCUCCUUCCUCGUGUCUGAGGUGGAAGCCUCGUUCAAGUGCAAUUUUAGAAGUUCUCAAGAACUUGGGAGCUGAUUUUUUCUGCCUACAGGAAGUUGACGAGUUUGAUAGCUAUUACAAAGGAAGCAUGCUGGAAUUAGGGUAUUCUUCUAUUUAUAUUAAGAGAACUGGAAAGAAGCAUGAUGGUUGUGGAUUAUUUUACAAGCAUGACCGUGCAGAGAUGGUCUUAGAGGAGAAAAUAGAAUACAAUGAUCUUGUAAAGUCAAUUCAAGAUGGGAACUCUUCAAAUGAUGAUGAACACAGCAAUGUCCAGACAGAUAAACAAAAGGAUGUUGCACCCACAAAUGGACCUAAAUCGAAUACAGAAGAUCGUGGAGAUCCCAAUGAUCCUUGUGUGAGACUCAAGCGUCACUGUGUUGGAAUUUUGGCAGCAUUCAAACUCAAAGAUCCCUUUUGUCAUGUUGUUAUUGUGGCCAACACACAUAUUUAUUGGGAUCCUGAAUGGGCUGAUGUCAAGUUGGCGCAAGCUAAAUAUCUUCUAUCUCGCUUAGCACAAUUCAAAAAGCUGGUAUCAGAUAGAUAUGAAUGCAUACCUGAAGUCAUUGUGGCUGGUGACUUCAAUUCUACGCCAGGAGAUAUGGUUUAUAAGUACCUCAUAUCAGGCAAUCCGUCAUCAGAAUUGAUGUCUGACUCUUUAGAGGAGCCUCCUAUUCCCUUAUGCAGUGUAUAUGCUUCUACGAGAGGAGAGCCACCAUUUACAAACUACACACCUGGCUUCACUGGAACACUUGACUAUAUAUUAUUUUGCCCCUCUGACUGCAUUAAACCUGUUGCUUUUCUUGAGCUUCCAGACCCCAAUGCAGCUGAUAUUGUUGGUGGACUGCCAAACUUCAGUCAUCCAAGUGAUCAUCUACCAAUUGGGGCUCAAUUUGAAAUUAUCAAGGAAUAAAUGUUCUUGUAUGCCAAGUGCUAUUUGAGUUGUCAGUUGUUCAUGUUCCAUCUCCUUUCCCCUUUCCGAAUCUUGAAGUAAGAUGAAAGCAAGGCUCUGGAAACAAUUGUACAGUGAAUAACGUCAUUAAAUCAACACAGCCACCUGGCAAGAAGGCAAAAAGCAAACACUUUGAAGGAGAUUUUGUUUUAUGAUGAAAAUUUCAUAGUGUGAAGAACCUCAACACAUAGGUUUGACUUCUUACUCCCUAAUAAAAUUGCAGCUGAAUCUUUUUAAGAAAGAACGUGGUUACAUUUGUAUAUUUGACAGUUUAAUUUUUUUUUUUAUUCUCAUAUUUUGGUAAGCAUAUAUCUCAUUUUAGACAAUUUACUCUGUUAUGUAUUAUUGUUGUAGAGAAAAAAUUUUGGGGAGUAAAUCAAUGUUGCCAAUCUUCUCUGUUGAUAUUGAAGUUAAAGUUAUAAAUUCUGCUUAUUAGAUAAUAUCUGUCCUUGCAUGCCAUUAUAACUUACAGGGCCCUUUAGUAUUAUUACCGUAAUCUUUUUCUGUUCGUUAUUAUUGUUUUUUUAUGCUUGUAAUAUAAGUUCUAGAACCGACCAUUUGAUCCAGAAAGUUGAUGAUCAUCAUGAUAGUGAUAUUACUGGAUGGCCGUAUGAU